AUGUCUUCAUCAUCAUCAGGAUCAUCGUCAUCAUCGGAGAAAGCUAAUCUAAUCAAACCUGUUCAGGGAGGAGCAACAGGUCCAACCAAUCUCGAAAAUGUAAAUUAUAAGUGGACACAGGAUAUUUCGUCAUUGAUGGUUGUGAUUCCUUUUUCUCAACCAAUUACAACCAAAUCAGUUAAGGUCAUUUUCCAACCAAAAUCAAUCAAAGUGACUGUUGCUGGAUUUGAUACACCAAUAAUUGAAGGAAAGUUGUGUAAAGAAAUUGACGAAGAUGAGAGUUAUUGGCAAAUUGAGGACAAAAAAGAAUUAAUAAUUAAUUUACAAAAGACGGUCGGAACUUGGUGGGAUUGUGUGAUGGAUGGACAUCCGAAAAUUGAUACCUCUCAAAUUGAUACACCUCAAGCUAACUUAUCUGAUUUAGGUCCAGAGAUGAGACAAACUGUUGAAAAGAUGCUGUUCGAUCAAGCAGCUAAGGCCACUGGGAAUCCAACGUCUGAAGAUCGACUCAGACAAGAGAAUAUUCGUCGACUCAAAGAAAUGCAUCCCAACAUUAAUUUUGACGGAAUGGAUUUCAGCAAAGCUCAAUUCAACUUUUAA